AUGCGCUACGUGCUGUGUAUCCUCGCUCUCCUGCUCUCAUGUGCGUGUGUGCACGUCCUCGCUGAAGAAGUGCCUGCCGCCGAUCUUUCCGACCAAGUCCCUGAUACGGAGAGUGAGACUAAGAUUAUUCUUCCUUGUCCUGCCACUGGUGCUGGUGCUCCUACCAAUUGUACUCCUCCUUCUGUGGGACCUGGUGCUGGUGCUGCUACUACAGUGACUCAUGAUGUUGGGGGACCUGGUGGUGUUAAAGGACCUAAGGCUGCAAAAGUUGAAGAACCGGGAAGCAUUUCUGGGGAACCUAGGCCAUCGUCAGAAGAUCCACAUGCAGUAACGUCACAGCGUGAAGACGUUAGAGAAGGUCUAAAUGGUCCUCAAGGUGAACCUGGUAUACCCACCGAGGAAGGUUCAGUUGAAAAUAGAGGACAGAGUACAUCUUCUUCCUCUUCUGGUACUUCUGCUGCACCCAAUAUUGUUGUUGUUCCUGCUCCUGCACCUAGGGCAGAUGCCACUGAGGCUGAUGCUGCACGUGAAGGGCAAAGUGAAGGUCAACCAGGAGACAACGGCGGCAGUGCAGAAGGUGGUUCCAACAACACUAACCCACAAACUCAGUCGGAAGGUGCAAAUGAAGGUGGUGACAGUAAUCCCAGUAAUCAGACUAGUGCAGCUGCAGGUACGACUGGAACAGAAGGUUCACAGGGGAAUGGCAAUGCUGAAGAAUCAACCACCACCACUACCACUACCACUACCACAACAACACUUCCUCCUGAGACCGUAAACAACAAUAAGGGUAAUGCAGACAGCAGCAGCAGUAUCAGCAGUUCUGUGUGGGUGCGUGUACCACUACUGAUUGUGGUUACACUGGCCUGUAUUCUUGUGUGCUGA